UCCCAAUACAAUCUUUACAUAAUGUACCGAAAGGGGUUGAUGCUGAAGACCUUUUUUCCCCCCUUCUCCCUGAGAUACUGUAAAGAUUGUUUCACGGAGGGACCAUGAACGGCUUUAAAUAAAUGUCAGUGGACAAAAAAAAACCCACACGCGGAUAAUACACACGCCCACGCGAGGGCAGGCGAUUGGCCGCUCCAUCACAGCCCUCUGACGUCAGCUCGAGCACACCUGACGCUCGUUGAAAGCGAGCGAGCGGCGGUUUAAAAGAAGGACGCACGGUCAACGAGGCGCCUUCGCUCGCGACUCCCAUACGGAACAGGACGUGUGCACACUGUGGCUGGAAGUCAGCGGCUCACCUGCGGUUUGGACCGGACACGAGGCUGCUGCUUUUUUGUUUUUUAAAAAAAACCCAAAACAAAACAACCGGGACUGACCCUCCGCAACCAGCGCCAACGGAACUUCAUCCGACCGCAGCUAUGUUUGAGACCAGUAGUGAUGAUCUGUUCCUGCCUUCCUGUCAAGAUGAGGUGCUGGUGGACAACCUGCUGUCCAGUGAGGAAAUGGAUGGAGAUGCUGAUGGAGGAGGCCUCUCUCUAGCUAAGGCCCUGCUUCCCCUGGCGGCGUGCUCCACCCCACCCCUCAUCCCCUGGGUCUGCUCCACCCGCUACAAGACUGAGCUCUGCACCAGCUACUCCGCUACAGGGUUCUGCAAGUAUGCAGAGCGCUGCCAGUUUGCCCACGGCCUCCACGAGCUCCACGUUCCCUUCCGCCACCCAAAGUACAAGACGGAGUUGUGUCGCAGCUACCACACCACAGGCUACUGCUACUAUGGCAGCCGCUGUCUGUUUGUGCACAGCUCCACCGAGCAGCGCCCUGCCCAGCGUCGCCGCAGGAACAUCCCAUGCCGCACCUUUCGGUCCUUCGGGGUCUGUCCGUUCGGCACUCGCUGCAACUUCCUGCACAUCGAGGGUGGAGAUGUCAGUAGUGGUCUUGAGUCUCCUGAUGUUGUCGAGAAGGCUCCCUCCGCUCUCAGCCCCCAAAUCCAACCGCAGACCAAGGAGUGGAAGCCUCGGGGAGCUCUGUGCCGUACCUUCAGCUCCUUUGGCUUCUGCCUGUAUGGCACACGCUGUCGCUUCCAGCACGGCCUCCCCAGCAAGAUCAAAAACUCUGACCAGAGUCGGGCAAGAUUUCCCUACACCCAGCAGUCCCUGGGUAGCUCAGGUUCACCUUGCCCCUCCUCCCUCUUUAGCUCAAGCUCUUCAACCUCCUCCUCCCCUCCAUCAACCCCUCCCCUCCCCACCCCACCUGCUGAGGCUACAGCCCACAAUGCCUUCACCUUCUCCAGCCAGCACCUGAGUGAUCUGCUGCUGCCACUGGCCCUCCACCUGCAGCAGCUCGAGACCAGCAAGGCCCAGGAGAUCUGGGAAAACAGGGCAGUCUAACUGAAGGUGGUUGUUGUUGUCGGAACCAGCAUCAGUUGGAACACCACAGCUCAAUUAUUAUAUAUUUUUUAUUAAUUAUUUUAACUUCUGCCAAGAGUUUUUUGGUUUUUUUAAAUUGCAAUUUGCAUGACUUGAGUGCAUGUUAGCAGGUCAAGCAGGCCUUGAACUGCUCAGUUGUAGAUCAGAGGGUAUGGAAUAGUUCUUCUCCUAUUACCGGUUCAGCUAUGAGGUUUAUUAAUGUUUUAACUAUUGUAUAUACAUUAUUAAUGAACUUGGUAAAUGAAAUGUCUGACCUCAGCAUUGUGAAUAAACUAUUUUAAUCUCUAA